ACGUGUAGCGGGCGGAACCUAUCGACGGAGCAGAGUCCUGGAGUGCGGGGUGUGGGGAGGGUGCUGCCGGGUCCUCAGAAGUCUCCGCUUGGGAAAAGAAGCGUCGCUGUGACUCGCUUGUUGCGGCUGCAGCCCAUGGGGCAAGGAGCCAGCGCUGAGACGCAGCCUUUGCUGCCACCAGGGGUUCCCGGAGGGGUCCGAAAGCUGAGUCGUCUCUACGCGGGCGGGGACAACAAUGGCCCGGGAGAGGACGGGCACUGCGGCGUGACUGCGGCUUCGCUGCCUUCCACUAUCAGGAACGUUACUGAUGACCAGAAUCUCUACAUCAAUCAAGCUGUAGUGUUCAUUGAAGAUGCAAUUCAGUAUCGUUCCAUUUAUCACCGUGUGGACUCUGAUUCCUUGUGGCUUUAUCGGUGGUAUUAUUCAAGAGUUUGCCAAUGGAUUUUGAAUAUCACCAUUACGCUAAUCUUAGUGCUUGCACUCAUUGAACUUCCUUCAUCACUUACAAUUACAUCAGAUGUGCGAUAUCGCUCAAAAGCCUGGGAGCCACCUUGUGGCCUGACUGAAAGCAUUGAACUGCUUUGUUUCUUUGUUUUUAUAGUGGAUGUCUCUGUAAAGAGCUAUCUAAUAGGAUGGGAGGAAUUUCAGAAAACGAAGUGGCUGUUGGCGUAUAUUGUGGUGCUACUUGUCUCACUUGCAGACUGGGCUGCCUCGAUAUGUCUUUCCUGUGGCACGACUCUGAGAAUAAGACGAUUCCUCCGGCCUUUCUUUCUCCUUCAGAAUUCAUCAAUGAUGAAAAAGACACUAAAAAGCAUCAAGAGUACUUUGACAGAAAUGGGAGGUGUUGGGCUGCUACUAGUUCUUCACCUGUGUCUUUUUACCAUGUUCGGUAUGCUACUGUUUGCUCGAACACAGGAUGGCCAACUGGACAAGGAAUGGAAGGGAUAUUUUCACAGUUUGACAGAUUCAUGGACUACACUGCUGGUAUUGUUGACAACUGCAAAUAAUCCAGAUGCGAUGAUUGCUGCAUAUUCUAAGAAUCGAGCUUAUUGCAUCUUCUUUAUACUCUUCAUUGUGAUUGGGAACUUGGUUCUGAUGAACUUGUUGACGGCAAUAACAUACAAUCAGUUUCGUGGCUAUCUUAUGAAAUCGGUUCAGACCUCAUUUUUCAGGAGACGUUUAGGAAUCCGGGCUGCUUUUGAAGUUCUUUGUUAUCUGAAAGAGACUGCUGUCAAUAAUGAUGUUUUGUGUGUCCCAACUUCAAUCCUUUUACAAGUAGUGCGGAAAGUAGAAAUGAAUUCCCAUUGUAAGAAAGCAAUCAUUGAGAGGCUGAAGUCAUAUCCUCAUGGAGGAGGACUGUCAUCAGCUCAGUUUCAGUCACUUUUCGAUGAACUUGACAAAGAAUCAGUUAAAGAGCAUCCUCCAAGACCAAAUUAUGAGUCAUCUUUUCUACAAAAAAUCCAGUUUGUCUUUGGUCAUUGUUACUUUGAGUAUUUAGGAAAUGCUGUAGCUUUAGCGAACAUCAUUUCUGUAUGUGUGGUCUUGGUAAUAGAUGUGGAAAAGCCACCAGAUGGCCGGGAUGACUUCUUUUUAGGGGUUAUAAACUGUUUCUUCAUUCUCUGCUACCUGCUGGAAAUGUUAUUGAAAAUAUUUGCGCUGGGAUUAAAAAGAUAUUUAUCUUACACAAGGAAUAUCUUUGAUGGAGUUCUGACUGUAGUUCUGAUGGUUUUAGAAGUGUCAACAUUUGCUGUAUAUGGAUUUCCUCAUCCUGGCUGGAAACCCGAAAUGCAGGGCUUGUGGUCUCUGUGGGACAUGGUGCGUCUGGCAAACAUGCUGAUUGUGUUCAGAUUUCUGCGAAUCAUUGCCAACAUGGAGUUUAUGUCUGUAGUUGCUAGUACACUGAUAGAUCUGGUGAAAAAUUUAAGAGCUUUUGCUGGGAUCUUAGUGGUGAUUUUCUAUAUAUUUGCAUUACUUGGGACAGCGCUCUUUAGGGGGGCUGUUGUUCCUGUGGGCAAUAUCAGUGCUGUGAACAUGACAUCUGGUAACACCACCUUCCAAUGUGGCACUUUUGAACAACUGGAGUAUUGGCCAAACAACUUUGAUGAUUUUGCUGCAGCAGUGGUGACUCUGUGGGAUGUGAUGAUUGUGAAUAACUGGCACAUUUUCUUGGAUGCAUAUUCCAGAUUUACAUCUCCAUGGUCAAAAUUGUACUUCAUUGCCUGGUGGCUAAUCUCCUCUGUUCUCUGGGUCAAUCUGUUCAUUGCAUUACUCCUGGAGAACUUUAUUCACAAGUGGGAUCGUCGCAACAAUCAUCCAUCUCUCUCAAAAUUUGAAUACCAAAUGACAGUGGAACUCCUCUUUAGAGAUGUUUUGGAAGAACCUACAGAGGAAGAGCUGAUUGAAACCCUUUAUCAGCAUCCACAUAUGGAUCUACGUAGGUGAUCACUUGGUGCAAACAGCAAUUGAUUUUUGCCACACUUCUGUGCGGGUUUUACAUCUUAAAGAGACUGCAACUCUUUUUUGUAAGAGGUUUUUCAUCCUUGACUUUUUGAAUGUUGCCUGCAAUGUAAGAUUUUAAGGAUCAGCAUAUUUUUGUUUACUUUUUAAAAAAUUGAAUAUGAUUUUAUUUCAGCUUUUUAAUGGAACCAUGGCACUGUCACUUUAAAAGUCUGGAAGACAAGUUGACAGAGCAGUUAACUAGUUUCAAGGAAGGGAAAUAUACAAAAAUUACAUGGCACUUUACAAUGGAAACUAUGGAAGUUGCACAACCACUAAACUGGCUUAUUGCUUAUAUCAGUUUGUUAACCCUGUAAAUAACUCUGCUGACUUUUUCAGUGUUCAUUGUCUGCUGCACCAAGAACAGUUCCUUAAAAUCUACAAAAUGUUUUGAUAAAUCCAGGUGGGUUUUUUCAAUAGCAAUAAGAGUUUUUAUGCUUAAUUUUGCAACUGAAAUAAGAGGCCAUAAUUCUGAUGAUACUGUAUCAUACACUUGAAAGUGGUUAUCCUAGGAUGAAGGUUAAUUACAAUCACCACAGCUUUGCUCAAGGACUACUCUUAUUUUUGUCAAACAAGACUGCAGCACAGUGGUCGUUGGAGAUGCACAACCUUCAUUAGUUUUAGCGAAUGUUACACAAUCCUUUUUCGUGCCUUAUUGAAAUUAUUAGCAGCUAUACAGUUGUAGAACUUCGUGGAUUGUGGUUGUAUAUUGCAUAGUCAGCUGCCUUGAUGUAACAAGGCAGCUAUGUACAUGAAAAGCAGGCUCGCUUGCACACUUGCCAUUGCAGGUUUGUGAACCAUGCAUGCAAACUGGCUGCACAGCUGAGAAAAAGUCUGCAUUGCAGUACAUGCCUGGAUUUAAAGUAUCCAGUGUGAAUGCACUUCUCCAGUGCACUGUUUUUAUGAGGAUGCACCUCUUUUUUGGAGGGCAAUACAUAUCCAUAUGUACUAUUCUUGACCACUAAUCAUGUGCAGCACCUUGUGGAUUAUGACUCUAGUUUGGGGCCACUAUGGCUUUUAUAAGGCCAGGUUUGUUUGUUUGUUUGUUUUAAGAUGAGGAGCAUUGGAGAAGGGGUCCUUUCUGGUUGGGCAAAUUAUUUUAUACUCCAGAGUAAACAUUGUGUCUAUGUGCACUGUUUGCAGUUGUAUUCUUCUGCUAGAGUGCUGCCUGCUAGCUAUAUCAAUCUUCUGUGCCUUUGGAAUCCGGUUAGGGUUAGAAAAUUACUUUCAGGAUCUUGAGGCUAUUUAAAUUUCCCUCUAAAACCAGAUGGAGAUACUUUGAGUUAUCAUCGCUACAGAGUAAAGCUUCUAGACAGGCUAAUCAGCAUUUGCAUCACUGACUAGUUAUCGAAUCUCAUUUGACAAAGUUAAAGCUUUUAAAUUUUAGAGCGGUGUUUUUAGAAAAACUUUGGCCCAUGUGAAUCUGUUCCUUCAUCCAGAGCUUAGGAAGCCAUUCACAAUUCGUUAAAAAAAAAAAUCUACUUUACAUUUUGGUUUGUUCAAUUUCUGUUUUGAGCAUUAUGUCUUUUUUAAUACAUCAGGCAUUUCUGUGUAUUUACCCCAACAGGUAGGUAUCUUGUCUCCCACUUUUUUUUUUGCAGUGGUGCCAUUUGGCCAGUAUAAUUUGCCAGUCUACCAAUGCAAUAUAAAUUUCAUUCCUUUGUGCUCUGAGGACUUUUUAAAAUAGAGAAACCACUAAAUAUACUCUAUAUUUUAUGAAUUAUUGUAUGUUGAAUUGAAUGUGUUCAAUAAACUACUGUAAGCUUUAUCAGUACCAGUCCUGUAUUAAAAGCCCAGAUACUUGAAUGUAAUACAUAUUCAUGUGUACUGUUCUUUUUUGGAAAAAAUAUUGGAAAAAAAUAUUUUUGGAAA